UGGUUCAGUCAGUCUUUUUCUAGAAGUACGAAUGAAAAGUAGCUUUUCCAACUGGAUCCCGUGUCGGUCGUUCGUUUCAAAUUCGCAGCGUUCGCAAUCGUCCCAAAACCUAUUUUGUUCGCUAGAUUACGCCGUUCGCGUUCCGAAUGGGCCCUUCUGAGCGCCGUAAGUGAAGGCUGAGGUCGGAAAAUCUCCCUUCGAAAGUUGGACUUUUCUCCCAACGCAUAGGCCCGUGUCUCGUCAGCCAUUGUUUAAAGUCUCAGUCUUUUUCGCCUUCUGGUGCUCUGGUGAGGUCCUCCACCUCCUCUGCCAAAUCGUUGUUCGCUGAGCUAUAACAGUAUAAGGGCCUAUUGAAGUGUGUUGGUGUGUGAAAGCUUAAUUUGGCCCAACACGAAUGCACAUCCAGUAUCGUGUGUUGUGACGGAUGGAGUUAUAGUAGUGUUAGUGGUCAGAUACGCCAGUGGAAUAUUUUUGGCCUUUGGCGUAAGUAGUAGUGGAUCCAAGUACGCAGCCAGUGCAACAUAAGUUAAACGUCAAACCCCUCUGAAACCAAGUGGCACGACGGUGCUAGUAAAUCCGAGUAGGCCUCCCAUCUCCUCAGAGGUGGAAAAGAUAACAAAGCAACAUAAAAAAUAUCCUAUGCGAAAGUGGAAAGUGAGAAUUCGCUGUCAUAAAUCGAGUUUUGCGAAUGCAGUGAAAAGUCGGUGAAAAAAGUCAUAAGCGGGCGGGUUUAAUAUGUGACGAUCGUGGCGAAGAAAAAUCGAGUGUUUAUUUUUGAUAAGUUUUCAGUGAAAUAGAAAAAGGCAAUCGUCUAAAGUGUGGGAAAGAAAGGGCGCUAGAGAAGAAGAAGCGCGUUGCUAUGUGACCAUCAAGUCAAGAUCUCGGAGUGCUUGAUGUUAUCUAUGAUUUAUAUAUUUUGCUCUGGUUUCCCUCAAAAACGGUACGACAAUGGAGUGGAAAUUUUUUUGAAGUGACCAGCUUUCCUGUAGACAACUAAAAUACUGGAAGCCAGAGAUCUAUGUGAUUUCGACAAACUGGAAGGAUUAUUCCGUUUAUUUGAAAAGUUUUAUCUAACGUGACUAGCCCGUCGCGCAAUUCGCAGAACGAAAUCGUGAGCGCGUGCCCGAUUCGUAGCAACAUCAUCAGCAGCAAAAACCGCGGGAAGACGACGCCGCACCACGGGACGGGACUUUUCGUUCUCAAGUGCACAGAAAAAUUCGUUAAGGUGGCUCCGCAGGCCGUACAACAACCCUUAGUCAGUACAGUAAGGUUUCAUUUUCCGCCGGUGGUAAUCGUUGCGAAUCCUCCUCCGCCCGAUAUCGAACGCUCUUCUUGCCGAAGCAGGUUACAAUUUUCGCCACAAGGGUAUGGUAUAUUUUCUGGGACAUUGGGGCAUGGGAGAUACUGAACGCACUACAACUCAGCAUGUCUCCAAUAGUGUGCAACAACAGCAGAAGCAAAACAGUUUCAACGUUUUCAACGUCAGCAGCAGUCAGCAGUCGCAGCAGCACCAUCUCUCUGUACGAAAUGCAGAAUACGUGUCAGAAGUCCAACUGCAACAGCAGCUGCAGCGACGACAAAGCCAGUUGCACUACCAUCAACAGCAACAGCAGCAGCAAAAGCAGUUUGGAACUGACUCGUCAGCGCGCAUUAGUGGUUUCUGCCUAACCAAAAGCGCCAACGUCGAUCUCCCACCGUACUUGGAAGAUCAACAGCAGUCAGAGCAGCUCAACAAUUGUCACAUCGAUUGUGGCAGUAUCGUUAGCAAUACCCAUCUACACAGUCAUCUUCACAGCAAUCAUCGCAACAGUAGUGGUAGUAGUGUCGGUAGUGUUCAGUGUUGUUCGCAAGAGUUAAAUUUCAAUCACCAUCAUCUUCAUCAGCAUCAGUACCAUCACCAUCAUCAGCAGCCGCAGCAACAUCAACAGCAAUCACAAAGUUAUCAGCGUCAGCACCAUCAACAAACGCAGCAGCAGCAACAACACGACACUGAAAGUGAUGAGGAUGAAAUCGCUUUGUAUCCUCUCAACAAUCAGGUCGGCGGUCAUACGCGACUGCUACUGCUGAACCAGAGCACCGUCAUCAAACCGUUGAAUCUGAGAGAACUAGAGUUCUACCAAAACAUUCCCAGCGACAUCCAGCAGUUCGUUCCAAAGUACAGAGGUGUCAUGCAAGCCACCACCAUGGGCGGUACCAAGCUGGAAAAGCGCUACUCGCCGAGCUUUCGGGACGAUCCAGGUCGCAAAACGGCCGCCUCGAAGCGUAAACGCGAGGAAGUACUACGGAUGAAAAUACAUAAGAAUGGCAUACCUUCAGAAGUGUUAAAAAGUAUUUCACAGAUUGACAACUCCAACAAACAAUAUUUCCUCAUGCUGGAAAACAUCACCUCGUGCUAUCGGCAGCCGUGCAUCCUGGAUCUGAAGAUGGGCACCCGCCAGCACGGGGACGAUGCCUCGGCCGAGAAACGCAGCAAGCAGAUGGCCAAGUGUGCCGCUAGCACUUCGGCCUCGCUCGGGGUUCGCCUGUGCGGUAUGCAGGUCUACCAGGCGGACAUCGAUCACUACAUGAAGAAGGACAAAUACUGGGGCCGGGAACUGAACGAGGACGGCUUCAAGGGAGCACUGCACAACUUUUUCCACAACGGGUUCCGAUUACGCGUUAAGGUGAUCUCCAAGGUGCUGGACAAGCUGGAGCAGAUGCGCCGGGUCAUCGAGAAGCAGUCUAGCUAUCGGUUCUAUUCGUGUUCCCUACUCAUCGUGUACGAAGGCUACGAGGAACCGCCGACGACACCGGCGAGCAGCAGUUUCCCAGCCGAACCCGACUACCACAUACUGGAGGCCGAAUCGAACUCCUACUGCUACGAUGCGGAUGCGUCGAACAGCUCCAUCGAACAGUUCAACAUGUCAUCAUCGCACGACGAUCAGCCGGACAUGGUAUCGUCCAGUUCGGCUCACCAACGACUCAAUGCAUCGAUGGCCACGGUGGCAACGGCAGCUGCAGCGGCAAAGGCGGCGGCUUCGAGUUCGCUGUCGGCUUCGGCGACUUCCAGCGGCGCCUCCAGUGGAGGCAGCUGCUCUUCGGUUGGUGGAAGUGUUAACAAGGGUAAGGUUCCAUUUGUUCCAAUAUCUGAGGAAACGGUUUAUCCCGGAGUCUGUGAUGUGACGAUGAAUGUUCCGAUGGGAACCACACAGAACGUGACCAGUUCCAGUCCGCAUUCGAUGGACUCUUGGAUGAACUACAGUAGCAAUAGCAGUAGUGACGACUAUGCAACGGCCUUUGUGGUGCCGACCCAUGUACAAAACACCGAAGCCGACGCCAGUUCAGACUUUGACGGAGGAUUUAGCGGACGGGUUGUUCCGCCGAGUCGAAAACUAAGCAGCGUCGAAGUCAUGGAACGAGAUCGCGAGCGAUCAUCAUCUCUAACCACGUCAGUCCCACCAACUGCAAUAACUUCGACGGUGACGACUUCCACAAUGGCGUCUCCGUCCGGUUCACAUUGUUGUGGCAGUAUUAAUAUUAAUAGUACCAAUAACAAUAGUAGUAGUAGCUGUGGUAAGGCUUACGAUCAGUCUGACGCUGGCUACCACGAGGAUGAAGAAGUGGAUGAUCUCGACGACGACGAAGAAGGCGCCGUGGACGAUGAUGAUGACGAAGACGACGAGGGGCAUCUGCUUCAGGAAACGGCCGUCAGCUCGAAGCGACACCGUGGCAAAGAAUCGUCCGAUCGUCGGGCGGCGUCCAAAGUGCAACAGAGUCUACGACGGAAGCUCAGCUCCAAGUCAAAGUCCAACUCGAUCAGUGGAAACAGCGCUGGUUCGAGCAUGCUCGGUUUGGCAGAUGUGCGUAUGAUCGACUUUGCGCACACCACUUUCGAGAUCAAGAACGGAACCUCGAUGUGCAGCACACAUACCAAGGUGCACCACGGACCGGACAGUGGUUUCCUUCAGGGUUUGGACAGCCUGAAGCGCAUCCUAACCGAAAUCUGCGAAGAGCACUGAGAGUGAGAGUGAGCUAAAUCGAUCUCCUGUACUAUACCGUUGGUUCUUCCUUCCUGUAUUUAAGUGCAUACCUACUACUACAUAGGUUUACCUAGAGUACUAGCACGGGCCGCGACGGGGCACGUGUCUCCUUAGACUCUCUCUCACUGUGUCGCGUUUUCCGAACAUUGAUGAGUAGCAGCUGUCGUGAGUACGCAGCUCUUCCAGCAGGACUUUGGUUCCGGAGUGGAGCAGAGUAGCAGCAGGCAGAGGAAGCAGCAGUUGCAGCGCAGCCCUUCCGGUUAAAGUGUGUUUUGUCGAAACGAGGAAACACCCGUUUUUGUGAAAUAUUGUGAUACUAAAGCAUUUUUUCAUCCAAGUACAUAUAUAAAGUAUAUAUUUAAUACGAGAGGAAAACAAAGAAAAGUUACAAUUACAAAUGCAAACUGUUACUUUUAGAAGAAAAUUCCUUAAUCUUAUAAAAAAUGUGUGCGUUUUCGACUGUCGUAUCGUUUUUUCCUUCUCUCUUGAUUUUCACUUCUGUUUUCGAAGCCCGCGGUGAAGUUCAGUUGUAAGUUAGACCAAUUCAGUGACAUUGGAGAGUGAUUGAAGGUGCUACUAUAAUGUUGAUAUAAGUACUGGCGCAUAAAUUAGUUUGUUCUGUGGUGUUCAUGAAUGAGAUGAUGUUUAUUUGCGAGUCGUUUGUUUUAUCACAGUUUUAUCCUGGUUGUAUAAAGUAAGUACCUCAUCUAAUGAUCUAAAGGCGUUCAGGCAUACUGCAAGUGGUAAGUUGGUGCAUUCAAAUUGCAAGAUGCAAAUUAAGCACUAUAGGUCAUUGAGAACUUGAAGACCUUUUUGCAGUGCUAGGUGGAAGCAAGUAGGAGGUUCCUAUUUUAAUCGUUUCAUUGAUGUACCUACGUGGUAAGUUUUGUUGAUUUUAAGCUUUUUUCCUGGUUAAGUACUUUUGCAGUCGCGCGUCUUGUCUUCGGAUCAUUGGCUAAUUGGUGUAAAGUCGGACGUCUUCUUACCAAACGAAUUAAUCAGUUUCGUUGUAGAUGUCGUUCCAAUCAUGUCAGCUUUAAUGCACCACAGUUAACCAAAGGUGUUAUUCGAACACCGUCUGAGAAAAUGUGAACUGUCAGACAAAGAAAAAUUUU